CGACAAGACGUUCAAUCAAUUGGGCUUAUUUGACCAGACCUGGCAAUUCGGUUUACACGCUUAUAACGGCAAAUACCGAUAUUGUUUGCUACCUUCUGACAGUUCAAGCGGGGCCGUGACGAUCCAUCCUCGUGCAUCGCGUCGUCGCAUUGCAUUGCCUUGCCUUGCAUUGCAUCCAGCCAAUUUGUCUGGAUCCUUUUUCUUGCCAUGUUUUCUCUCCUCCAACGGCGUCGCUAAAAAAAGCAAUUCUUCCGCCCUCUGGCCGCAUCUACUGUACUGUACUAUCGUCAUCUGUCACUUAUCACCUCGUUUGUCACUCACUCGCAUUGACAACCUGAGCCAAGCUUGCAAACUCAGAUUGUCUCAUCGCUUGUCAUCACGUUGACCCCCUUGUCCUCCCCUCCAUCUCGUCGUCGACGUUCCACCGCCAACCUGCUGUCGUCUGUUUAGCCCCCCGCUGUGUAAGGCGAAGCAAACAUAUCCAUCGUCCUCACUCGUCUCGGAUACGACUUCUCAGACACCUUUGCCUCUUUUUUUUUUUUUUUUCUUUCCCUUUCUUUGCCUGGAACCUCUUGUUGCUUUUUCUUGCCCGUCCGCCAUCAUCGUCCCCUGUCAUACCCUGGCAUAUACACGUACAUACCAAGACGAACUCUUUAACACCAGAACCACCGACAGCUCGGAAUCUUUGCCACCAGCUAGCCAGUGUUUGCAUUAAAUUGAUCCUUCAUCUCUGAGAGCUGCACUCUUACUCUCUCUUGGUUGUUUGGUUGUCUCAAACUUCCUAGGUGUUGACCAUCUCGAAGCAGAGCAUCACCAUCUACUAGACUUUCAUCCACUCUUCCAAAAGACUGAACUGUUCAUAUUGGAUCUGUCACAUUAAGUAACCAGCUACGGCCCUCGCUCUCUUUCAUCUCCAUAUGCAACCUCGCGUCUUCGUACGCCCUAUCCCGCGGUUCUCGUUUACUCUGUCCUCCCAGGAGGCCGUUGGACAGUCAGCUGUUGGACAAUAAUCCUCCCCCAUCUUCUUUCCACUUCUGUCAAUAUCCCCUGUUGGGAAUUUCGACAUAACGUCGUGAUCGGAUCGUCGGACUUGGGAUUCAUCAAGAAACACGGUCAAUCAUGGUCUACUGCGGCAAGCCCUCUAGGGGUUGCCAGAUGUGCAGAGCCCGAAGAAUCAAGUGCGAUGAAACGAAGCCAACCUGUAAUCAAUGCGCCAAAUCCAGGCGACAGUGUCCUGGCUACAAAGAUGAAUUCGAUCUCGUCUUCCGCAAUGAGACGCAGGCAACUGAACGAAGAGCUCGCAAGGCCAGCAAGAAAGCCACGGCGUUGAAGCAGGGUAAACCUUCACAGGCUGUAGCUAUUCACAAACCAACACCCGAUCAGUCUAUUAUAUCGACUCUCCAACUUCCGGUGGACCAGCAGGCAACAUGUCACUUUCUAUCGAACUUCGUUCUGCUACCUUCUCACGAUAACACGCGGGGAUGGAUGGAAUUCGUUGUGCCUCUCCUUAAAAGCGAGAAGCAAGCGUCCCAUUUCAAGCUAGCGUUUGAUGCAUGUGCGAUGGCAUCUCUGGGGAACCGUGUCGGUUCAGGUUGCAAUUUUGAGAACAAAGCUUUAGGAUGUUAUACGAAAGCACUUUCCGCCACAUUCAGCGCUCUGAAGGAUCCCGUUUUAUCCAAGGAGGACUCAACUUUGGCAGCUGUGCUGCUUUUGGGACUUUUUGAGAACAUCACCGCAAAGCAAUUGGGAAUGCUCGCUUGGGGAUCUCAUAUUGAAGGAGCUAUUCAACUAGUUAAGUCGAGAGAUAGGAAGCAGAUGCGAACGAAAACAGGCCUGGCUCUUUUUGUAGCCACAAGAACGCAAAUGAUCAUCCACACUUUGACCACAGGCACACCCCCGGCUAUGGGAGUGGAAUGGUGGAUUACGGACAGCUACAAGAAUCGGUACGGAGCCGAGUGUCAGCGACUUAACAUCCGUACAGCAGAGCUCAGGGCUGAGUCCAAUCGCUUGAUGGCGUCCCUGGCCCGUAGCCCCGAGAACAUUGAGCUGCUUCUGGAUAUUAUUCGUCGAUGUCAGACUCUCGAUCAGCAACAUGUGGCCUGGGCGAACCAGUUGCCCGAGUACUUUCAUUACAAAGCUGUGGCUUGGGAGGACAAUGUUCCCAGUGAAAACUACGGCAUGGCUGAGGUUUUCCCAGGACGAAUAGACGCAUAUCAGGAUCUCUGGGUUGUCAGCGUAUGGAACUUGAUGCGUUGCUCUCGCAUCAUUCUCGCAUCACUGAUUGUCCGCUGUGCUGCAUGGGUUUGCGCCCCGGUCGAUUACCGAACAACCCCCGAAUACGCAACAGCCGCGAGAACGUGUGUUGAUACCAUCACGGAUAUCAUUUCCUCGGUACCCUACCAGCUAGGCUGGUUUUCCAGUCGCAGGGAGCUGCUUGAGCGUGCUAACCUGUCCGCGUUUGGCUGUGGAGAGGAAGAUGCCCUAAAAGGUCUGCCAGGAUACUUCCUGACUUGGCCCCUGACUUGUGUCCAGGGUCAGGAUUAUACAACUGAUGCACAGAGAGCAUGGGUCAAAGGUCGACUUGAGUUUAUUGGCAAUCAUCUUGGUGUUAGGUACGCCAAUGUGCUUAAACAAGUGAGUAUCCUCUUGAAUCCCUGGAGCUAUUUGCCUCCGCUUGAUUUUUCCUUUCUUGUUCUUCUUUGUUCGUCUUCUUUUCCUUUUUCAGCAUUUAUCUAUCCCCACAUUUGUUGCUUUUUCUGGUAUUCACUUCAGGGUCAACUGACACUUCUCCACAGCUCAAUGUUCGUGUUCCGUCAAUGCUCAUCCGCAGGGAUGGCUUGAUGGCUAGCCCGUACCCUGCCUCGUACAACUUUGAAAAGCUCUUAUCGUCCAAGACGGCACCAGCUAUGGCAGGAUAUUCUCUGAACCCAAUACAACAGCAUGAAGCUAUGCAGAAGGAGAGAGCUGAGAAACAGAAAACUGAGCUGCUGAGUAAAGCCAGGGGGUCCUUACCAAAUAACGAGAGGGUGGCCGACGGCCUGUUGCAAUUUCAGAGUUGAUUAUGGGAUACCGGAGAUAUAAUUCUAAAGGAUUUUGAAAACAUCUCAUCUCCAAAUAUGCCAUAUAGACGUUGCAAAGGUUCUGGAUAACCUAUCAAAUAGAGGAUGACCGGUCCUGAAUAACCGUGGUCGAGUUUUAGUCUAUAAGUUGGCAUUGAACAUGCCAUUAUUGGACUGGAUACCAGGCGUUCAAAAAUUACCAUGAAUUUGUUUGAUCCAAGCUCGAUUGUGCAAUUGCAGAUCCGAUACUCGAAACGAAAGUGUAGGGGUUUGGUCGGUGCUCCUUUGGAUACCUCAUGUUAGACGAGUGGAUAUCCAUAGAUAGUUUCAUGGGGUAUUAUGGUUGGGAAGGUUGCGAUCACAGAAACGUUUUCAAGUGCAAUGUGUUGUAUUAUAGAGCAAUUUU